CCUCCGGCUUCUCCUUCAAAAUCUCGCCUUGUGUCUCCCUCGAAGAAGAAACAGCGCAUUCCCACACCCCCUCAUGCACCAAACUUCGAGGAGUUCUGGAACGUUCAUGCAGUGAACACUUGGAAUGACGAGCACUCUCCUCAGAAGCCCCUGAUGUCGCCCAAGAAGAACCGAAAGGCACUGCAAGAAGACUCAGAUUCACCCUCUGCAUCUCCAAAGAAGUCACAAAGCCCUACAAAGAAGAGCCGUGCUGAAAUGGUCGCAAAGAGAGACUUUGAGAACAAGAAACACAAACUGGCAGAAGACUUCUUUGCCGAGCUUGAUCACAAGAUCACUGGAAACAAGAUUGAAGAACUGGCUGCAUUGACUGGCGGCGUCAAGUUUGUUUGGAGCAAAACACUGAACUCGACUGCUGGUCGAGCAAAUUGGAAGCGCGAGACAUCAAAACACAGAAACCUCGAUGGAUCGAUAACAACAACUCAAAAGCAUCAUGCCUCUAUCGAACUCGCCGAGAAAGUCAUCGAUGACGAGGAGCGUCUCCUGAACGUCGUGGCUCACGAAUUCUGCCAUCUUGCAAACUUCAUGGUCAGUGGGAUUAAGGAUCAACCACAUGGCCACCAGUUCAAGGUAUGGGGCAAGAAGUGCAGUGAUGCGUUUGGUCACCGUGGCGUGGAAGUCACUACAAAACACUCGUACCACAUCGACUACAAGUACAUCUGGACUUGCACGAAUGAGAUGUGCGGCCAUGAGUUCAAGCGCCACUCCAAGAGUAUCGACCCAGCCCGCCACUCAUGUGGU